CACGGCCUCAGGGAGCACGUCGGUUUUACAAGUCUGUGAGCCAAUCACGCUGACCGUCAUCAAUACCAACAACGGCUGCAGCCUCAUUUGGGAAAUCAAUCCAAUGUUAGAAUUAGGCUACAAUGGGAUUAGGCCACAAAGAAGUGCCUGUUUGCUGUAUGAUAUACAUAAGUCGGUGUGGUGAUUAGUGAAAGGGACAUUGUAAAAAUGUGUUGCAGGCGGAUGGUCAGUCAGGCAGCCAUGCGAGUCCAGCGUGUUUUGGAGUGCUUGAACCCGACCAUCUGGCUGCUGGUGACCUUGCUUGGAUCCCUCGUCUUCAUGGCUUUCAGUGUGCUGUUGCGACUCGGAGAAAUCAAAUUAAACAGACGUGCUGCACCCAUCGAUGACCUGCAAUUCCUAGUGAGGAAGCAUUACCAAGUGCAACUGGCAAACGGGCUUAACAGGUGCGAGGGCCGAGUGGAAGUGUACUACAACGGUACCUGGGGCACAGUGUGUGACGAUGACUGGGACAUGUUGGAUGCCCAAGUAAUCUGUCACCAGCUGGACUGCGGAGUCGCUGUGGCCACGGGCAGCAGCUCGCAGCACGGACAAACCUCGAUACCCAUCGUGCUGGAUAACGUGGACUGCAAGGGGAGUGAAACAAACCUCGGUCACUGUGACAGUCUGGGCUGGGGCAUACACAACUGCUAUCACUAUGAGGAUGUGGCUAUCAAAUGUCGAGAACCGCUGGCGGUAGGGGCAAAAGCUUCAGGGGACGUUACAACACCACCUCCCAAGAAUGCAGUCUUGGAUGGCACGGUGCGUCUAGUGGAUGGAGUGGACUCUUGCCAAGGCCGGGUGGAGAUCUACUACCAGGGACGCUGGGGCACGGUGUGCGAUGACGAUUGGGAUGCGAGGGAGGCUGAGGUCGUGUGCCGGCAGUUAGGCUGUGGCCAAGUUAUUUGGGCUCACACCAACUCCUACUUCGGUUACGGCACCGGCCAUAUUCUUCUGGACAACGUUAACUGCGUGGGCAAUGAGGAGCAACUGGGUCAAUGUACGAACCUCGGCUGGAGCAACCACAACUGUGGCCAUCACGAAGAUGCUGGGAUCACCUGCUCUGGUGUAGGACCGACCACAACUGUGCCUUCGGUUUACCCUUCCGCUGGAAGCCAGGCCUUGACCGGGUCCACACUGGAAACAGCAAUAACAAAUGAUGAUGUGACAGCCACAGAACUCACCCGUAUUCGGACGGCUGCUCCGACCGAAGCUCCGAUGGCUGUCCGUGUGGCGAGCGGAUACGGCGGCUGCCGGGGUCGCGUCGAAGUGCAAUACGACGACGUUUGGGGCACGGUGUGCGACGACGGCUGGGACAUGCCCAACGCCGUCGUGGUGUGCAGGCAGCUCGGCUGCGGCGCGGCCAUUGAAGCGAAGUCGCAGGCCUCUUUCGGCUACGGCUCGGGUCCCAUCCUGCUGGACAAUGUGCAAUGUACUGGUGACGAAACACACCUGUCUACGUGCGCCCAUUCCGGCGUGGGUCAACACAACUGUGGCCAUCACGAGGAUGCUGGAGUUGUGUGUACACCGAUGAUUCCCUUCAAUGGACUUGCCCGGGACUUGAGAGUGACAGACGAGAUGGCCACCAGGGAUCCCGCCGCCUCCACCUCAUCGACUGAAGGCGCACUAAGGCUGGUUGACGGUCAGCAUGAAUGUGAAGGUCGCUUGGAGAUGUACCUAAAUUCCGGAUGGGGCACGGUGUGCGAUGACGCGUGGGACAUCCCCGACGCCAAGGUGGCGUGCCGUCAGCUCGGCUGCGGAGAGGCCGUCGCGGCGUGGGGGGAGGCACGUUUUGGCCAAGGAACGGGAACAAUUCUAUUUGACAAUCUCAAGUGCAACGGUAGCGAAUUCUCCCUGCAGAAUUGCUCCCAUAUACCCUGGAAUGCGCACAACUGUGACCACUCGGAGGACGCCGGCGUCACCUGCUCACUGUCAUGAUUCGAAGAGAUCCACACCUUCAGCAGUUGUCCCAAUGCCGGACUCGUGUGCGAUAUGUAAAUAACAGCGGUCACAUUGCAAAGGGGAAUAUUCGGCGACCAUUGGAAUUCAUGCAUCGCGUAAUAACUUGUGACAAUACACGACGGCGCCCCAGAAUUCUAACAUCUAAUGGCUAUUCGGCACUUCCCCACUCACCAGGAGUUGCAAUUGGACGUCAUGCAAGUGCUGGACAAUGGCGGAAAUGCCAGCAAAAUAUACAGUAUGGCGAGAGAACAAGAACGCCAUUUCUCUGCAAUGCAGCACGCAACAUCGGAGGAAACGUGCGGCGUUUCGGAAAAGGAGAAAAGCAUUCACUUCACCGCUGCACGUUUGGUUCUUGUCGAAUGGACGAAGAAAAGUUCUUCCCUUGUUUUGACCUCAAAUGUAGACGUCGCCAAAUCAAACGUUUCUGUUUCAAACUCCAUGAGGGACAUCAAAUGCAACACAUUCAAAGAACACAUUAGGGGAACGGCAAAACCUUAAACAACAAUACGUCAGGCAAACGUAACACCCAUGAAUAACUGACUCGACUUGGAUAGAUUGUAUCGCUACAAAUCAAUGAUGAUACCUGUGUUUCUCGCUUAAACAUGUAUCGCAAAGAAACCAAACUAAGUUUGACAAAACUAAUCUUUGUAUUUUUCAAUCGAUAUUAGCGUUUGGUGUGCGAUUGGUUCAAGUCGGUGAUGUUAGUCAGCGAUGGAAACAUCCUCUCUAUAUGCUUUAACGGUUGAGUCACGCAGUGGAGCACGGUAUAAUUCGUUCAUUUUUCAGACACGUUAAAAUAGAGAAAAUGUUUCCAACAUAAGUCAAACAAAGAGUCUCCCUGAAGCAUCGUGCAACAGAAGUUCACUUCAGUUGCACAGUUCAGUUCAUUUGUCUGAAAAUGAUGACUGAUGUAUUACAAAUCUAUUUUGGUCCAUUGAUCAAGUACCCACUGUAAGUAAAGGAGUUGAAUCAGUAGCUACUUCUACUUUUACCAGUCUUUUUUAUGAU